AGCAGUGGGACGCUGUGAUAGAGGGAAGGAGGAAAAGAGGAUAAAAGAGAGACAGAGCGAGUGAACAGAAGAGGAGGAGGUGGAGGAGUGGGGGGACUCUCCCCUCGUUGCUGAGGAUGAAGGGAUGACACAUUUGGCAGGCUUGUUUGUGGGACUGUUGGUUGUGAGUGUGGCUGUGUCCGUGCUGCUCGGAGCUCGGAUCGGUCAGUGACAGCCCCGCAGUGCUGAUGAGCUCUCUGACCUCCGCCUGUCCGCAACUUCAAUGACUUCUCUGACCCGCGGACCCCCGGUUGGAGUGCUUUUCUGGAGCAGCAGGAAUUGCCCCCCACUCAUCUUACUGUUGGUUUUCCUGUCUGAGACCACCUGACCUGACUUCAGCAUCCUUCACUACAGCAUGUUCGGACUAAAGGCUCCACUCUACUACCUGUCCGGCAUGAGCCAUGAGCCAAAGUCGCCAUCGUUAGGGAUGAUCUCCACAGCAACGCGCACCACGGCGACCGUCAGCCCCCUCACCCCCUCCCCCAUCAAUGGAGUAGUGGUGGCCAAUGGGAGUCCAGUGUCUCAGUCUGCUCACUCCGGAUUCGCCGCUGCCCUCCGCAAACUGGCCAAACAGGCCGAAGAGCCUCGAGGCCCCGCCUCCAUCAGUGGUGAGUCGUCGCCUGUUUCGUCUCCGGCCACCAAUCACAGCUCUCCUGCAGGCACACCUAAACGGGGUCCCCUGGCUCCACCCCCCGGGGCCCACAGUGUGUCCAGCACCCCGCCUGUGGUCACCAUCGCACCGACCAAAACAGUGAACGGACUGUGGAGGAGCGAGGGGAGGCAGGCUGAAGCUGGACUCAGAGGGCCUGGCCGUGACCGAGUGACCUCAGACCCACCUGCUCCCCAUCCUCCCAGUGCCCAGGAGAAGAGUGCUGCCUCUAUUCCUCCUCACCUUCUAGGGGCACAUUUCCCUUUUGGUUUGAACCCCAAUGCAGUGAUGCAGGACCCUCGUCUGCAAGCGCUAAAUUUGUCCCGUCAGGUGCCUCAUGUUCUGCAGUCCGGGGCAGUAUCCGCAGGGGUCCCUGAGGAAUACCUGCGGGGUGGGUUCCGCCCCUACGCCUCAGCGGAGGAGCUGCGUGUGCCCUCACUCCCCCUAGGGCUGGACCCCAGUACUGCAGCUGCAGCUGCUGCGUACUUCCACUCAGGAUACCUGCCCCACCCUGCUCUCUCCUCCUACAGGAUGGAUGACCCACUCUGUUUAUCUGCUCUGCGCUCACCCUACUACCAGCUGGCACCGGGGGGCGCCCUGCACUCCCUUCACCCCUCCACGGCCCACCUCCACCUGCCUGGGGUCCGCUACCCUGCAGACCUCAGCCAUCAGUCUCUGACAGCUCUGCAGAACGAGAGGCUGCAGAUGGAAGAUAAGCUUCGCCAGAGGGAGCGGGAGCGAGAGAAGGAGAGAGCGCACGAGGCAGAGAGAGAGAAAGAGCGAGAGAGGGAGCGGGAGAGGGAGCGCGAGAGGGAACGAGAAAGAGAGCGCGAGAGGGAGCGGGAGAGAGAGAAAGAGAGAGAGCGGGAGAGAGAGCUGGAGCGGCAGAAAGAGCGAGCGAAGGAGAGGGAGGUGCAGGCCGUGCGGGCCAUGGAGAAGCACUGUCUCAACAAGGAGCUGUACACACACUCUCACACACACACACUCCCUCACAGGCAGUACAUGGAGGAGAGGGCCAAGCUGGUGGAGAGACUCGCACCAAACCGACCAGAGAAAACCAAAGAGGCCUCAGUCCAUACUCCAAAGCCCCUACAGCCCAGCCUGUACUCAUCCCUCCCCACCCCCAGCCUGCUGUCCUCACCUGGGGGGCGCCUGGGCCCGAAUGUAAGUUCAGUUCAGGGGGCCCUGGCGUCCGCAGUGAUGCUCCAGCGCCAGGGGGAGGAGGAGAGAUGGCUGGCCAGGCAGAGGAGGCUGAGACCGGAGAAGGAGGACAGACAGGGUCCAGUGUCUGAGUUCAGACCUCACGCUCCAGAACCGGGUCCAGAGCUACAGGAACUGCACAGGGACACACAGAGGUCUAACUCUCAUCACCAGGAACACACCAUGAAUGCCAGAGACCUACCUCACCAUCUGGGGGCACCACCUCCUCUAAUAUCCCCCAAACCACCUCCACGGGACCAGCCUGCUAACCCUCCCACCACUCUCUGGAACCCCGUCUCCCUCAUCGACUCUCCCUCACACAUGCGUCGAGGAUUCGACCCUCCGUUACCCCCCAGCUGUCCACCGCCGGGGCUGACCAAACACGAGCGGAGCGAGGACGGGGUCCGGAGGCUGGAGUGUCCAGAUAGGGUCCCUCCCCAGAGAGCACAUAACCUCCUGGAGCACAGCACCUUCCUGGCAGACCUGGAGAAAUCCACUCAGAACAUUCUGAGCCAGCAGAGGGUCUCACUGGCCCUGCCUGGACCCUACGCAGAGCUCAGGGGCUCGAAGAGAGCAGCUUCGCCCAUCAGGGCCUUCCCUCAGGGCCCGGUCCGAGCGGUGGAGCCCAUGCUGGUGUACGACCAGGUCCUGCAGCAGCACAGAAGACUCCUCAGCAAACUGGAUCUGGAGGAGAAGAGACGCAGGGAGGCUAGAGAGAAAGGUUAUUACUAUGAACUGGAUGACUCGUAUGAUGAGAGUGAUGAAGAGGAGGUCAGAGCUCAUCUCAGGAGAGUGUCUGAGCAGCCGCCUCUCAAACUGGACCAGUCAAAAGAGAAAAUGGACUUCCUCAAUGUGUUUGGAUUGACCACCCUCUCCUGCCGUGCUGAUCUGUUGGAGAGGAAGAGGAAGAAGAGAAGGAGGAUGAUGAGAGAGCGCAGCCCCUCUCCCGUACCUGCGCAAAAGCAGACACCCCCCACGCCCACUCCUCCCCCCGCCCUGUCCACUCGCUACAGCCCAGAGGACAUGGACAGUGUGCCUGACCUGGAGGACAAGAAGAACUUCCUCAGUAUGUUCAGCCUCAACCACCUCAGCCAAGAGCAGAGAAUAGAGAAAGAAAAAGUAGAGAACCUGCUGGAUGCCAUCAAACAGAAAACUGUGACUCUCGACACACUCCGAUACGCUACACACACACCCUGCUCCAGCCCGCCCUCUACAGCCUCAGAACCUACAGCACCCUCCACGCCCUGCCAGUCAAAUGAAGUGCCCCUCCCACAUUCCCGGAGCCCCACCCCUCCUGCUCCUCACAGACACCUGCACAAUAACGGUCAACAAUCUGACCUCCGUAGACUCCAGUCUGACCCACCACGCCUUAAAGAGCCCCCUCCACUGGCCCCUCUGCAGGAACACCCCCGCUUCGGAGAGGUUCACCCCAUCAGGAGACCCCCCAGCCUGCAGGCCAGCCCCAGACCCCCGCUCAUCCCGCUGAAGGAGCACGUAGCUGGACGGAACGGUCUCACCGUCCGGCCUCAGCACUGGGAGAGCACCAGCGCCGAGGAGUUCGCCCAGCAGUUCCACCAGUCUGUGCUGCAGUCCACUCAGAAAACCAAGCACAAGCACAAAGGUGGCGUCACAGAGCCAAACCACAGGGUUCACAACUCCGUGCAUUACAACCCUUCAGACCACCAGGGGGCACCAAACAGAUUACCUUAUUCUUACACCAACGGCAACUCCUGCCACCCGCCUGCUCGCCCAGAGCCUUCAGGGCUGAGUGAUGAGCGAUCCGCUGAGGAAGAGUCCAGUGAGGAAGAUGAUGACGAUGAUGAAGAGGAGUCUUAUCGUCCUAAAUGGAAGGGAAUUGAGGCCAUAUAUGAAGCGUAUCAUGAGUACAUAGAAGAGAGGAGUAUAGAGAGUGAGGUUCUGCAGAGUGAGUGCAGGAGGCUGGAGGCUCAGCAUUACCAUCUGAGUGUGACUGCUGAUCAGCUCUCCAUCAACAUGGGGGAGCUCCUGGCACAGAGGCAGAGGCUGGCGCUGGAGAGAGAGCGCAUGCAGGCGGAACUCGAGCACUUCAGGAAGUGUUUGGCGCUGCCGGCGUUGCACUUGCACAGGGGACACUAUAAAGGGCCGCCCCCAAGGUGACCCCCUCUCACCCUGCUGACUGAUCAUUAGGGAGCUGGGCAUCCAGCACCCAGCUCCUUUCACCUGAGAGAAGCCUGGGGAGAGGACUCUGCACUGAGGGGCGACAGUGAGGAGGAAGAGGAGGCCUGACCUUUUGGCGGCAGCAGCAGCAGCAGAAGAUGAUGAAAAUGAUGAAGAUGAUGAAGGGGAAGAGAGGAAUAACUGGCUGCUGUCAUGAAGAAGAGUGGAAACCAGCAUUGAGAAGCCUCAGUGGAUUUAAUCCCAACAGCCAGAGACUGAAACCCCCCAAAACACCCACAAAAUAAAAAGAAUAUUAAUAAUAAUGACAGCCAAUCGCCAACCCACUGCACCUUCACCCAAACCCUACCUGCAGGGCCAGUGACGGAGCAGCAGCUACACAAAAUCAGCCAAUCAGUGACUGGAGGAGAUAAGAGGAACUCUCUGUUUUAAUUCGAAUUUAACUCCACUCCAUCACGUGCUUGAAACCACGUCCUUCUUCCACUCCUCCGCUCAUCCACUCAGUACCCAAGAUGCACUUAAAACUCAAAACUGUUGACUCAAACCUCUGCUACGAAAGUGUGGAACAGAAACGACUGGCGGAGUUUAUUGUUUAUACGUUUAUUACUGAUAGAAGUUGUUUUGAAAAUGUUUGAGUUUCAUUGCUUGGAAAAUCUGAUGUAAAUAUUGCAACAGAGUUUUGUAUGAUUUUAUUAUUCGGAUUGAUUAUUUGACUUUGAUUACAAAGCCUGCCUUUUAAUAUUUUAUUGCUUUUAACUGGAGGAGGGAAAAAAAGAGCGUUUCUGCUGGUCAGUACAGGAGAAUCGUGGUUUAGGAAAGAAAGGAAGGUUCUAAUAAGGCUAUUUUGAUGGUCAGUCCUUCAACCAUAAGUCCAGUCACCUCCUCCUCCCGCCAUCAGUUACGCUCACUAUGUUUCUCUGAUGCAUCAGCAGCCAAUAACCCACUCCCCCCCCCACAGUUCUGCACUCAUUCGUAGCCCAAAGCUGCCAUAGCAGCUCCAGAGAAUAAGGCUAGAGAUUUACUUGCUGUUUGGAGUUUCAACUAACUGCAUUGUCAGCUGCACUGUAACUAGGGCUGCACGAUAUCAGGGAAAAAAAUUACCCAAACAACAGCAAUCGGCCCUUUAAUCAGUCAUUUACAUGACUUGUUAAAAGGUUUUCUGCGAUUAGAAGCGUGAAUUCAGCUGUAAUUGGAAAUAUCUGCGCUAAACUGUGCUGGACUGAGGUGCACAGGUUUCGACACAUGCCCACGUUUACAAGCAUGUGCCCAACCCAACCAUUAGGAUGGAGGCCAUGCAGUUACCUUGUGUUUACUCCUGCCCCCCCCCUCGUGCUCCCCCUCCCCCUUGCGCUUCUCAGGCAGCAGCAGCAGUCUGUCACUCACACAGACACAGAGACAGCGCUGUGUAUCUACUUCUUGUGUCAAGAAUCAAAACAUUGAAACAACAUGACGUGUUUGAUUUAAUUGCCUUAAGUGACAUCGCAUGUCCACGAUGACGAUGCUUAAACAAUAUAUCGUGCAGCCCCAGUUGCAACUCCCAUCAGUUGACCAUAGUUGCACAGUUGCGUUACUCAGCUUGCACUGCCCCUACCAUUUUGGGUGUACUACAAACUAAAGAAAGAGACGCAGGAUAUGCGAGGCAGCCAUAAUGCGCAUGUGAUCACCUAAUAAACAGCAAGUAUAUCUCUAGCCUAGCUAGAGUUCGGACCUGCAACCUUUUAAAAAUGAAAAAAGUGCCACAGUAUUUUUGUGCUAUUUCUCUCACUGAUAGAUAUUCUGAUGUUGUUGUACAGGAGCACUUACUUGAGAUGCUGCAUGAAGGUUCCAGCACUGGACAGCAGUGCUGAUCUCACUGCAGUGAAAUGUUUACAGUGUGUUCUUGCCACAGAGAAGCAUUCCUGUUAUAGUGGACUCUCAUUCCCAGCACAAACACACUGGUGUCGCUCUGUCGUCGGUGACCUGUGGUCAAGUUGACAUGCUUGGUUCGGUAUAAUGAAGACAGACGAAAAAAGAAUAGAAAAAAAAGAAAAGAAAAGAAAAACUAUAGAUGGCAGAUUUUUUUUUUUUAAAAUGUGUUAAAAACAGAAAGGAAGCAGGCAAGGAGAGUUUCGGAUGAGGUACAAAUGCCCCCCUUCUUUUUUUAAUGCUGUGAAAAAGUUUGAAUUGUAAUUUUUUUGUUUCUUUAAAUGAAGUGUAUGGUAAUAUAUUAUUAUUAUUUGUCGAAUGUAGUUAAUAGUUAUUUAUGAAUAACUGCUGUAAAAGCAGACAAAAAGAGACUUAAAUCUGAAAAGCAGAAUAAUGCAGAUAAUGUUGGGUUCUUUGUACAGACACAAGAAGUUUCGGGUACAGACACAAGAUUUCACUCCAGAGAUACUGUACAGUGAUAACACGAGCUGUAGUCUUUAUUUUAAAACUUGAUUCCAUAUAACAAUAUGAUUUUCUGCUUUGGUAAAAUUUAAUCUCUACAUUUCUAAUGGAACAGAGGAAAUGUCUCAUUGGGAGUACUGUUUUCUUCUUCUUUUUUUUUUUUUUUUAAUGGCCAGGUGUCAACAGAAAGACAGAAAUAAUAAAGUGAUACUUUUCAUUUA